UAUCUCCAUUUCCCUUUGGUCCCUUUAGCUGAGUAACGGGUAUCUGAUAGUCGAGGUACUCGACUAUAGCGUUUUUCCAUGUUUUCAUAUAUUAAUAUCGAUCCACUUUUAUUCGAUGUUUUAUUUUAACAGAUGACCAGGAACGUUUAUAUUUAUAUCUUAUUGUCUUGGGCUCACUGGGAGUGGUUUUCUCCAUAAUAAUUUUCGUAACUAGGGUAGUGCUUCUACCUGACGUACGCUCCAGCUAGUAGCCUUUACGCUGGUUUGUCUCCCAACCAGUUACCUCCGGUGAGUAGCCAAGGACCUGGCGCCGAGCUUAUGCCUAAUUCCCUUCUAAUGGCGACUCGUCAGUCACCUGACCUCAUCGGCGUAGCCCAGGGACCUUUUGUCACCACGAGUGUUGGCAGUGCAGGCGGUCAGGGUCCGGUAGCGGGCGUUCUGACAUCGGCUGUCGUAAUUGGAACCAGCGCCACCAGUAACAGUCCAAUAAGUCCAACGGUACCCAUUACCUCGCUGGGAACGUAUACGACAGCACCAUCAAUCAGAGGCGGGUAUAUCAUUAACACCGACAGCAUAAGUGUGCAUCAACGGCAGAAGAGUACCGCAACACCGCCGACCUUGUUGAAUGGAAGCAAGCCAGCGCACCAACCGCAACCAAAUACGAUAUCCUCGCCGCUAGCCGUUGAUGUCAGUUCACAAAAUAAUGUGUCCAUGCCUGGUCAGGGCACAUCGACUUUGCGACGCGCAAAGCCAAGCAUUUUGCAGCCGCAUCCUUCAUAUGACGGCACCGCCCCACGCACUCUCUCAACCGGCGUGGCCGUUGGCUCACAGUUCUACUACGGAUGACAAAGUACAUUGGACUGCGAUCCCUAUGUGUACACCACACCUUUGGGUGUGGGAAUACGCGUGGCUCCCUCAAUUUGCAGCACGCAGAAGUUAGCUGAGAUGGCAGAUCGUUCAAGCGCAAUAGAGAACUUCUCCGCAUCUUAGCCAUUGACGACGGCAAUGCCAAGCUGCAAUUUCAAAUGAAGCGAAGGGGACAAUUCAAAGAAAAUUACUGCUGGCUUUUCAGCUAUAAGCUAAGAUGGCUGUUAUCUAAUCACUGCCCCUAGAUUGGUACGGAUGCAGUUUUAAACAUGGAAAACUACCGGAAAAUUCAUAAAGCUAAUAAGUUAAUUUAAUUCCCACAUUCUCCGAAAAAUUUUAAGACAAUGUCGAUGGCACUAAAAACGGAAUAUUUCUUGACAAAAUGUUCAGGUUGUCUUCAAAAAGUAUUACUUAUACUCGCGAUAGAGAGAAUCAAUUAACCGGAAAAGGUUUGCACUGAUUAAGUAAAAAUCAAUGUGGUGAAGAAUAAAAACGUUUUAUUUCCCGAUUUGAGUGGACUGUAUU